CCGUCGGCCGCCCCUACCGUCCCCCGCCCCCAGAUGUACUAUGCGAUUUCCGAGGCUCGCGUGAACGCGGUCCCCCCGACCAUGCUACGGCCGCAGCGGCCUGGAGACCUGCAGAUCGGGGCCUCCCUGUACGAACUGGUGGGCUACCGGCAGCCUCCUUCCUCCUCCACUUCCUCCUCCUCCUCUUCCUCUUCCAUGACGGCGCCCCUCCUCCCCAAGGCUGCGCGCGAGAAACCAGAGGCGCCCGCCGAGCUGCCCCGCACGGGAUCUGGCGCGCACGCGUGCGGCGGAGCCCGAGCGGACCCGAAAGAGGAGCAGCAGCAGCAGCUGCGACGCAAGAUCAACAGCCGCGAGCGGAAGCGCAUGCAGGACCUGAACCUGGCCAUGGACGCGCUGCGCGAGGUCAUCCUGCCCUACUCCGCGGCGCACUGCCAGGGCGCGCCGGGCCGCAAGCUCUCCAAGAUCGCCACGCUGCUGCUCGCCCGCAACUACAUCCUGCUGCUGGGCAGCUCGCUGCAGGAGCUGCGCCGCGCGCUGGGCGAGGGCGCGGGGCCCGCCGCGCCGCGCCUGCUCCUGGCCGGCCUGCCCCUGCUCGCCGCCGCGCCCGGCUCCGUGCUGCUGGCCCCCGGGGCCGUGGGGCCUCCCGACGCGCUGCGCCCGGCCAAGUACCUAUCCUUGGCGCUCGACGAGCCACCGUGCGGCCAGUUCUCGCUCCCCGGAGGUGGUGCGGCAGGCUCUGGCCUUUGCACCUGCGCCGUGUGCAAGUUCCCGCACCUGGUCCCCGCCGGCUUGGGCCUGGCGGCUGUGCAGGCUCAGUUCUCCAAGUGA